AUGAAAGGGAUUCUCCGCUUCCUCUGGAUCGCCCUCGCCCUCGCGGGGAAGGUUGCUGCCCGUGACACCAGGGGGAUAAACACUCCUAGCCGCUUGUUACUCGUCAACGACGGCCAAAGCAAGACCGAUGCUGCCAUGGAUGCGGUUUGCACCCAGGGUCUGCCGGCUUCGGCGCAGCACCCAGACAGCGACUACCCCAUCGACAACUACACGGUGGUCACGCCUGCCCAGCAUUGGUCGUCGUACACUUUGCGCCAGGACUGGUACGAUGAGCACUAUCUUUCGGGACCGCAUUACAUGCCCUUCACUCAUGCGAGCGAUCCGUAUGGUGCUUUCAAAUGCCAGUAUACCUGCAACGCUGCUGAGAACUGCAACUCGUACUUUGUCUGGUACGAGAAGGUCGGGACCCCAGACGAGCACCUCAGCUGCGUCUUGUUUGAUGCCAUCAUUACACCGUCCAUCUUCGUCGAGGCCGAGGGCACCAUCGCGACCGGCGCCUACGAUAGGCUCUGCGAUCAGCAGUAG